CGUUGUUCAACCGCCCCGGGCUUGGCUUGCGCGCAUCAAACACAACCGCCCCACGCCUUGCCUUCCCUUCCCGUCUUUCUUUCUGAUUCGAAGCAGCAGGCGCCAGGCGGCAGACAUCCAUGGCGGCGACGACUCGCCUCCGCUGCCUCCUCCUCCUCCUCCUCGUGCAGCUCCUCCUGCUGCUCUCCGCGGCCUCCGGCGCCCGGUGGCAGGACUUCCUCCGCCUGCCGUCGGAGGGCGAUGGCGCCGCCGGGACCAGGUGGGCGAUCCUCAUCGCCGGCUCCAACGGAUAUUACAACUACCGCCACCAGGCGGACGUGUGCCACGCGUACCAGAUCAUGAGGAAGGGCGGGCUCAAGGACGAGAACAUCGUCGUCUUCAUGUACGACGACAUCGCCGGCAGUCCCGACAACCCCAGGCCGGGCGUCAUCAUCAACCACCCGGCCGGCGGCGACGUCUACGCCGGGGUGCCCAAGGACUACACGGGCAAGGACGUCACCGUCGGCAACUUCCUCGCCGCGCUGCUCGGGAACAGGUCCGCCGUCGCCGGCGGCAGCGGCAAGGUCGUCGCCAGCGGCCCCGACGACCACGUCUUCGUCUUCUACAGCGACCAUGGCGGGCCCGGGGUCCUCGGCAUGCCCUCCGACGACUACCUCUACGCCAAGGACCUGGUGCGGGCGCUCAAGCAGAAGCACGCCGCCGGCGGGUUCAAGAGCCUGGUGUUCUACCUGGAGGCGUGCGAGUCCGGGAGCAUCUUCGAGGGCCUCCUGUCCAAGGACAUCGGCGUGUACGCCACCACGGCGGCCAACGCCGAGGAGAGCAGCUGGGGCACCUACUGCCCCGGCGACAACCCGGGCCCGCCCCCCGAGUUCGACACCUGCCUGGGUGACCUCUACAGCGUCGCCUGGAUGGAGGACAGCGAUGUGCACAACCUGCGAACCGAGUCCCUGAAGCAGCAGUACGAGGUGGUGAAGGACAGGACGUCGGCGCACGGCACCUACAGCCUCGGCUCCCACGUCAUGCAGUACGGCGACCAGCGCCUCGGCGCCCAGAGCCUGUUCCAGUUCAUCGGCACCAACCCCGCCAACGACAACGCCACGUUCGGCCGGGACAACUCGCUGCGCCGCUACUCCGGCGCCGUCAACCAGCGCGACGCCGACCUCGUCUACUUCUGGCAGAAGUACAAGAAAUCGGCGGAGGGGACGCCGCAGAAGGCGGAGGCCCGGAAGCGGCUGCUGGAGGUGAUGUCCCGCCGGUCCCGCGUGGACAGCAGCAUGGAGCUCAUCGGCGCCCUCCUGUUCGGCUCCGACGAAGGCUCCAGGGUGCUCGGCGCCGUCCGGCCGGCGGGGCAGCCGCUGGCCGACGACUGGGACUGCCUCAAGGCCAUGGUGCGCGCGUACGAGGCGCAGUGCGGCCCGCUGGCGCAGUACGGCAUGAAGCACAUGCGCUCCUUCGCCAACAUCUGCAACGCCGGCGUCGGGGAGGACGCCAUGGCCAAGGUGGCGUCGCAGGCGUGCGCCGUCGCACGUUGACCAACACGUCCUCGCAGUGUGCAUGUGCUGCCACAAGAUGUGGAUAUACGGAUGCCGUUUGCCAAUUUCAAUUAUGUGCAGUCACUGUAAAUAAUUGACAAUGAACUGGACGUUUGGAAAUAUAACUGGACCUGAAAGAAAGGUGUUCGGUAAUUCUCAGCUGCAA